GUUCGAACGCGCCCUGGCAGCUCUUCUGACUCCCUGGGGCUGCCGUAGGCGGCUUCCCCCGCUGCCAUGGGAACGGAGCCCGGCUUGUGUUGGUGCUGGCGCAGGGAGGUGGCGGCUGCUGCCGCCCGGGUCCCGCACUGAUCCCGACGCUCGCCGCAUCUAUGUCCUCGCCCCCCGGGCCCGGCGGCGCCCCCGCCCCGGCCCAUCUGGCCGGCAGGGAGAAGCGCAGGCCGCAGCCGGCCACGGACAAUGCCCUGCGGACCGGCCAGUGUAUUCAGUUGAAGUCUGUGGACCUUAAUCGUGUCAUCAAACUACUUGAAGAUUCCAACUCGAAUAAUGAGGAAGAUGGACAGCUAGAAACUGUCAAGAAAGUGGUGAAGCAGUAUGAAACUGGGCUUCCUCUUAAGGAUUUAGCACAAAUAUUUAAAAUUCUUAACCUAUGUGCAGAAAAAAUUCAGGACCAAGAGGCUUUCAUAGAGCCUACAUGUGAAAUUCUUAAAUUAUGCGGGUUACCAUUUUUGAAGAAGAAAUUAUCUGAUGAAGUAAACUACACCCCAAUUACUUUAGAAUUAAUUGCACAAUUGGGUUACUUGAUGAGGGUGCCCAGCUCUCAAGUGAGGAUACAAAUCUGUAAGUGUAUCAUUAGCUUUUACCACACAGAGCCACCAAAUAAACAGCUUGCAGGUUUCCACUCUACAAGCGCAAACUAUAAGAUACAAAUGGCUGAAUUAGGAGGUUUAGCAGAAACCCUAGUUUUGUCUCUAGCAUUGGUUGAAAAUCAACUUGCUGAGAAGUUAUGGGUACUUAAAGCCCUACAGCAUCUCUCCACAUCUGGAGUAAAUUGUAAACUUAUGAUGAAAGCCCAUGCAGCCAGCAGAAUCUGUUCUCAUCUAAAUGAUGCUGAUCCCUCUGGACAGCUACUAUUCCGUUCAUCAGAAAUCCUAUGGAACUUAUUAGCAAACAUGUCAAAAGAAGAAAUUGUUAAUCAGCUCAGUAAUUUGGAAUGUAUAUAUGCUUUGAAGGAAGUGUUUGUGAACUUACUCAUGCAUGGUUUCCGUCACUAUGAUCGCCAGCUGAGAAACGACCUCUUAGUAAUAGCCACACUCAUAGCUGAAAAUCCUGAAGCACCAAUGAUUGAAAGUGGAUUUACUAAGCAGUUAAUUCUAUUAGCAACGUUUAAUGAAGUUAAAAGUCACAAUCCUUUGGUAAGAGGUCUUAAGCUUACCUACAGUUAUGAAGACUUUGAGCUGAAAAAAUUGCUGUUUAACAUGGUUGCAGUCUUAGCGAAAGAUCUGUGUGCAGUACAGCUGCUAAAUGAGGGUAAAGUGGUGCUGGCUUUGUUUCAUUAUGUAAAACCAAAUGAAAAGCUUGGUGUACGUGACUGGUCGGCAGCCCAAUAUGAAGAAUUACAGCUUCAUGCAAUUGCUACAUUAGCUUCAGUGGCUCCACUGUUAGUGGAUGACUAUAUGACCUGUCAAGGGAAUACUCGUCUCCUUAUGUUUCUAGAAUGGUGUGUGGGCCAAGAUCCCUUCUUCGGUCAAGGUAACUGUUUCCAUGGUGCAGGUGGUCGUGGCAACAAACUUGCACAGAUGCGCUACAGUCUGAGAGUCCUAAGACCUGUGGUGUCCCUUUGUGACGAAGCUGUGAACCUUGAUCUUUGUGAUCAGGGAGCAAUUAACCAACUGUUGGAUAUAUUAAAGCAUAUAGCAAACAAAUCUAAAGAAAAAGAAGAUGCCAUUGUACUGGAAAUUCAAACUGAUAUAUUACUUAUCUUGUCUACUCUCUGUGAAAAUGAUCUUCAUAGAAAGGAACUGUUUGGCUGUGAAGGAGUGGAUAUACUUAUGCCAUUCAUGAAGAUGGAUCCAAAUAAGUUAUAUAGUGGAUUAGGUCAUAAUCGACUCCUUUUUAGCACAUUAGACAGUUUGUGGUGCUGUGUCAUGGGAUGUUACAUCACAGAGGAUUAUUUUCUCAGAAAAGAGGGCAUUUUUCUCCUUCUGGAUUUGUUGGCAUUAAAACAAAAGAACAUAUGCAACCUAAUUCUUGGAAUAUUGAUUGAAUUUUGUGACAAUUCUAAAACUGCUUCUCACAUCAACACCUGGCGAGGGAAGAAAGAUCAGACUGCAGCUAGCCUUUUAAUACAUUUGUGGAAACAAGAGGAGUUGGAGCUGGGAGUCAAACGUGAUCAACAUGGAAGAAUUGUUGAUGCAAAGAAACCUUUAGUUGGCAGCUUCCAAGAACAACAAGGAGUGAUCCCAAUGUCUGCCAACUGCCCCAGCAUUGCUAUCAUGGAAGUGUCUGAAAACAUGAGGGCAAAAAUUUAUUCUGUAUUAUGCAAGCUAGGUUUUGAAAAUUUGCCUGGUUUGUCUGCUAAGGAUUUUGUCACACUUGCUGUCAUACGUCGAUAUCUUGACUUUAAAGUUGGAGAAGUCUGGAGUGAAAUAUGUGCAGAACUAAAAGAAGAAACAUUCAGACCAGUCACUCCUGAUGAGGAAGCCUUGAAAGUUAUUUCAGAGGCAUCAGAAAAUGUUGGAAAGAUGGUUGCCACUCUCCAGACUGAAAUGCUUGAAAGUCAACAGCACCAAGAACUCCAGGAGGAAAAAAAGGUUUACUCCAAGAUUCAAGCUAUCCAUAAACAGAGAGAAAUGGUAAAUAAAUCCUGGGAAGAUUUCUUAACUCGGACAUCAAAUUAUGAGGCUUUAAAGAAAGCAAAAAGACUUCAGGAAAAAUCAAUAGAAGCGUCUAGAUCAAAGUCGAGACGACAAAACGCAACACUCCACUCAACUGAAAUUAAAGGCCUGAAUACGACAAUUGCAUCUGGUCGCUUGGUAACUGUAGAAAGUACACCUUCUGAAUUAACUGGAGGGCCUCUGGCUGACACAGACCUUGCUCUUAGAAAGCUCUCUGUUCGUGGAGGAGCCUUAAAAAAGAUCAAAGGAGUUAAAGUGUUGGACCCACUCAAGAAAGAUUCAGUAUCUGUAAAGUAAACAUUGUCCUGUACUGUUUCAGACAGUGCUUUGUAUUUUUUCGUUAAUAUAUGUCCAAACAUUAUUUGUAAGAUAUAAUCUAUUUGUAUUUCUUUGGUUAAAUAUAUAGAAGAGCUUGCGAUUAAUGAUUAUAGAUGAAAAUAUAUUUUUGCUUUAAAAAAAAAAAAGUUCAUGAAUAAAGAAUUCCAUGCA